AUGGAUUCUGAGAACGUAAAUCUUUUCGGAGAUGACGAACCAGCCUUAAAUGAAACAAAAGAAGAUUAUGCAGUGGAAGCGUCAGGGUCUAAAUUGGCUCAGUCGCACUCGGCGAAUCCCGUGAGGGAUAUCGAGAUUUGGUUCCUCGAAAGCUUGAAGUCAGUGAUCCCGGAAGAGAUGCAUUCGAUAUACAUCAACGAAGGCAAUGUGCUGUUUUCCUGCGGAUCGCUGGAAGCGGAGCAGUUUGAUCUGAAGCGCCAGACGGAGUGUGUCUACGAAAUGACAAACAGAGGGAAAAGAUCAGUGCUCUCAAGCUUCGACACAUUCACGUUCUACACGAACCUGACAUAUAGAAACGAGGCGCAGAGGAGGAGAGUGUCGUUGGACCACAUGACGGACCCAGCAUUUCUGCGCGUCAUUGAACCGAGGACCGGUAAACUGAUACUGAGUAACCUCAUCAAGUGCGCAUCGCAACAGCAAAAGGGGCUGCGCAACUACCUGGAGUUUGUGAAAAAGAACAUCUUCUCGUUCCCGCUGUUGGAGGAACUGAACAGAUUCGCACUAUCGCAAAAACUGGCCUACAGAGCAGCGAGGCAGAAGCUGUGGUUCAUUAUGAGCUUGGCGGAGGAACUCAAGCUCGUUGAGCUAGGCAAGGCUUACAAAAAGUACACGGAGAAGGACUCAGUGGAGAUUAACAGAAGUGUGCUGGAUAAGAGGGUAACGCUGAGGUAUUUUAGAAAGACACAAAAACAGGACUCGGUGCUCAAUCAGUUGACUAAGGGAGACAGCAGUAACUCGCAACUCUUAUUGGAAAAUGAAAUCUUGUCCUCAGCAAGUAAGAUCUCGGGCGAAGCUUUGGCAGAGUCGGCACUAAGUUACUCACAAACAGAUCAAGCAACGGGAGUGUCAAUCAGCCAGCUUGCAGCAAAUGCAGGCUAUUUGCAAGAUCAGAACCAGAGCUUCACAGCCGAUAUGUCGUCAAUAAACUCAAUUCCGGACUCGAACGUCUCAGCAACCUCGGAGAGCUCGAAACCUAUUGGGUUCAGCUCGCUUCACAUAGGAGAAGCGGCGACGCCCCAAAGGAAACCGAACAAUUUUGAGUCAAAAGAACAAGUGGACAGCUUCGACAGGAACUUUAUGAAGUUGAUCGACGACGAGUCCACGCCGCUGUUUGAGUUUGAUAAUCUCAUGGAGGGGUCAAAAACGCAGUCGAACGUGGGAGAGAGUAGUCAGACGGGCUGGAAGGGGCUCCGAAUGAUUAAAAAGACCAAGAUCAAGGUGGAGGAGCCGAGGAUGGGCCAUUUCGUGCAGAAGGGGCUGGACAGGUUCGUCAAGAAGAAGCAGAGCUUCGCAUUCAAAAACGCGUUGACCACGGUGAGCGUCCUCGAGGCGGCGUGCAAGCUCUACGGCAAGGGGCCCAAGUGGUCAAACCCGAACAGGAAGGAGUUUGACUUGUCUAAUAAGACGAAGAAGCUGGUCUACGUGAAGCCGAGCAGGUCUGUGAAGGAGGCGGACCUGACGUACCAGUACAUGCUCCAGUACGCCUCGGUCCACCAGAAGCUUAACGGCGGCGUGAGGCAGGAGCACGCGGUGCAGUACGGCUUGAUUGAGGUGAGCAGGCCGUCCCAGAACGAGCCGCGGACGUACACGGUGAACCCUGAGCCCUGGAGGCUCGAAAAGUUCGAGAGGAAGUGGGCGAAGCUCGCGACCGAGGUCGGCUUUUCGCCCUGGCUGAUUCCAAAGUACGGAGAGCAGCCCGCCCCGUCCGCCGAUAGCGCUAUACAGGCUAUUAAAGAGGUUGUGGAUAGUGGCGUACAGGGUGGCAGUACGGCUGUGGGUACCGUUGUAGAUGCUAAUGGCAAGGCUGCCGAUGCUGUUGAGACUGGUGGCGUACAGGGUGCUGGUACGGCCGGCGAUGCUACUUUCAACAACACCGUUGCGGACACCAGUAUGGCUGAGGACGCUGGCGUGGGAGAGGUCAGUCAGCAGAGCAAACCCGUCUCACCACUAUCAAGUCCUAUUGAACAACAAGCGGGCCACCAGGACGUAGCUGAUCACCAGGUUCCACCGCAAGUAGCGGAUCACCAGGUUCCACAUGAUACGCAGUUGACUAUGAGUCCAGUCGACGUGUUGAAACAACCAGAAUUGGAUCAAACGCAACUCUAUGCAGAUACACAAAUUGUAACUGGAUCUUAUGAAGAUACGCAAACCAUAAAGAUUAAAACUGAGUUGACAGAGGGGGCACUGGAAUCGGCGCGCACAUCAUCAACAGCAGUUGAUGUAAACGACGAAGCGUCUGUUCAAACUGAAGUUGGAGAGUGUAAAGACGGCGAAACACACUUGGAAACGGGAGAAGUCACUGAGAUUACACAAGUACAGGGGGCUGGAUCUGAGCAACAAGGCGUAGUAAACGAAGCGCAGAAUAGAGAACAGCAACACGGAGGUAUCAGCUUGGUAGGGCCAGACGCAAAGCAGAUGAAGCUGACCGAGUUAUUUAAAUAUGUAUACACUAAAAUAAACAAGGCAAAAAACCUCCCAGAGUUCCCGGAACUUAAGCUGAUAAACAGGUUUAACCCAGUGAUAAAGGAGGAGCUUGAAAACUUCUCACAUAUAGAUAAGCAGGUACAGAUAAACGCUAGAAGAAGGAAGGUCUUGGACGACGAGUACGCGGAACCGAUGCCAGCAGACUACGUAAAAAUAGGCGAAACGAGGAGUAGAUCGAAAGUGUCUGAGACGUUGACAGAUUCAGAAGAUGAGGAAUACGGAGGAGUCGAAGAAGUAGCUUCUAAGCCUCUUGGGAGUGUACCUAAGGACGACAUUGCCAGCAAUGACACAGGACUGGCCGGCAAUGAGACAGGACUGACCGACAACCAAAUAGAAGUGGAAGCUGAAGUAACGGGUAAACAAGUUGAGUCUGAAAAUGGGAACAAAAGUAAUAAGCAGACAAAAAAGCAGAAGCUCUCAAAGAAGGAAAGGAUAAUGAGGAUGAGAGAAAUCAUGAAGAGCAUGAUAGAAUUUGAAGCAAUAGAAAGCGAAGACGAAAACCUGUCUGACCCAGAGGAAAUCAAGAGAUCACUGGAACUGCUAAAAAAUAAGCUGAUGAACCCGUCGGAAACGGAAAGUGAAAUAGAGAGUGAAACGGAGAUAGCGAAGGAGAUGAAGGACUUCAUCGGCGACGUGGAAAUCAACGAAGAAGACGAAGAAAUAGCAAGACUGAGGUUCAACGAAGAUCAAAUGUUAGCAGACGACGCGGAGUUGAAAAAGGUGAUGGCCUUCAAGGAAAAGGGAGAGCUCGAGUUGACGCGAAGAGAAGAAAGGCUGCGAAUGCUGGAGGAGCUCAAAAGGUCAAAAAAGGACAACGGGUACCACCUGAGCGACUUCGAGUCCUCGGACGAGGAGUCGGGCAGGACGAAGAGGAUACGCGUGAAGGUGACUGGCGAGGACAUAGACAGACUGCUCAAGUUCAAAAAAACAGAAAGGGAGAUGACGAAGGAGGAGCAGCUGGAGCAGUUUAUAGACUACAAGCUGACGGAGGCGAACAUACGGCUGCCAUCAGGUAAUUGUUUGCCAGUUCGUGUGGACGAAGUGCCAGUCUCCACGACCUUUAUUGAAGUGCCAAAGGCGACGCAGACACACGAACCGGUAACGAAACUCAAACGCAGAAGAGACAUGGUGGACAACAUGUUCAACGAGGGACUAGACUCGAUCUUCUCGAACAUUGACGCUUAUAGGUCAGACUCGAGCUUCACAGUAAACCCGUUCGGAACACCAAACAGGUCGCUGGACAAGGUGGACAACUCAUGCUCUAAAUCGCCAAAGAAACCAGCCCUGGUCAUGAAGUCGUUCAGAUGGGACCACUCUCACGCAAAGCCAGGGAAUACAACAACAGUCAGGAACUUUAAAGGAUUUACAGGAUUCCAUAACCUGCCAAGCACCUUCGCCAAGGAGAAGCCAAAGAACAAAUAA